AUGUUUUCUAUUGGUACUGCUGGAGGUUUAGUUGUGGCUUGGCAUAAGUCCACUAAACUUAGAGUUCUUCACAUUGACAAUAACCAAGUUAACUGUAGUAUUUGGGAUGAAAACACUAAAUCUGAAUGGAUCCUCACUUGCAUGUAUGGUAGCCCUUAUAAAGAUAGUAGAAAAGAUGAACCUUGGAAAUUAGUAAAUCAAAUGGGUGAAACUAUGAAUAUGCCUUGGUUAGUUCUAGGUGACCUUAAUGUUAUUCUUCAUAAGGAUGAAAAAAGAGGUGGAAAUCCCGCUAAUGAUGCUGACAUUAGAAAAUUUUCUGCCAUGUUCAAUAACCUAGGUCUUAAAGACUUAGGUUUUAUAGGAUUCCCCUUCACUUGGUCUAUUCACCAGGAUGGUGAUUCCCAUAUAGAAGAAAGACUUGAUAGAGGAAUGGAAAAUGGGAAAUGGAUUACACAAUUCCCAAAUACUAGUCUUAGACACUUAAAUCACUCUGGUUCUGAUCACUCUGUUGUUCUUCUAAACACCUCUAUUCCUUGUCAGAAUGGCUCUAAGCCAUUCAAAUUUUUUGGUCUAUACCAAGAAGAACAGAAGUGUAGAGACAUCAUCAAGUCUUCUUGGCACAAGAACUUUAAUGGUUCUACAACUUUCAUUUUGGUCAACAGACUUGCCAAUGUUAAAAAGGAAGUCAGUCUGUGGAAUAAAUUUGAAUUUGGGAAAAUAAAACACAAUUUGGUCCUCUUAAAUAGAAAACUUGAAACUAUAAUAGAAAACCCCAAUAUUAGGCUUAAUGAUCAAAACCUUCUUGAUACUAAAGCUGAAAUCCAAAAGCUCGAUGAUUAUGAAGAAGAAUUCUGGAAAAUUAAAGGGUCUGAUGAUAGAAAUAAUAUUUGGAUUGAGGGUAGAGAUAAUAUAGCCAAUUGUUUGAAUGUUUAUUUUGAAACUCUCUUAACCACUUCAAGGCCUGUAAUCAAUAAUGAUAUUGUCAAUCUGGUUCCUCCCUCCAUUACCGACACUGAAAAUAGUAAACUCAUGGAACCUCCCUCUGAAAUUGAGAUCCAUGAUGCUUUAUUUGGUAUGCCACCUAACUGUAGCCCUGGCCCUGAUGGCUUUCCGUCUUGUUUAUUUCAAAAAAAUUGGAAUAUAGUUAAAAAGGAUGUCAUUGAAACUAUCCUAGCUUUCUUCAACAGUGGUCAUAUGUUAACUAAACUUAAUUCUACCUAUAUCUUCCUCAUUCCCAAGGUCCUUCACCCAAAUGGCCCUAGUUACUACAGACCUAUAAGUUCGUGUAACAUUGUUUAUAAAAUUAUAUCUAAAGUCAUACCCAAUAGAAUUAAACCCUUCCUUGACAGACUUAUUUCUCCUUAUCAAUCAGCUUUUGUUAAGCAACGUCUUAUCUCAGACAACCUUCUUGUUGCUCAUGAGAUAAUACAUGCUAUGAGAAAGAAAAGGAAGAGCAAAACUGAUUUCAUGGGUUUAAAAAUUGAUAUGUCUAAGUCCUUUGACCGUGUGGAGUGGAAUUUUCUUAUUGUCAUUCUUCGAAGGAUGGGGUUCUGUGAUGCUUGGUGUAACCUUAUUUACCAAUGCAUUAGCACUUGCCAAUCUGAUAUCCUGGUAAAUGGGGUUCCUUGA